AUCAAUAUUAGAAAAUUUAUUUAAAUCGCUAAUCUAAUUAGAAGUAAUAUUAAAAAUAGUUAAAAUAGAACCUAAUCGAUCAUCAAUACAUCAAGACCAAAGAAGGAUAAAUAGAACACAGUCAGAAAGAAUAAAACAUAUUCCAAUAAUUGAAGAAAAUUUAGAACAAAAAGAGAACGGAAGUAACCAAGUAAUAAAUAAAUAAAAUCUACAACAUGUAAAAAAUCUAGAAAAGAAAAUACGACUAUAAGAAGAGAAUUAGAAUUAGUAAAUUUAAUUAAUAUGGAACAUCUAAAAUAUAAUAUUAGAAAAUUACAAGGAUAUUUAAUAGAAAAUUAUACAACAUCAGCAUGAUGUACGAGAAUUAAAUAUAACAUCCUCAGAUUAUUUAUAUCGAUAUAGAAUUCAUAGGAUAUAUUUGCUUCAGCAAAUUAUUCAAUUAUUAUAACAUAUAAUGGUAAUUGAAAAUACUUAUAAUGAUAAUUAAUUUGACAUUUCCUAUUCAAAAAUUGGUUUUGUAUCAAAGUUUUCAAAAGAGGAUUCCAACUAAACAGAAUUUAUAGGAUAUAUUUGCUUUAUAGAAUAAUUUAAUUAUUAGAAAACAUAAUGAUAAUUGAAUAUACUUAUAAUGAUAGUUGAUUCUAAAUUUUAUAUUUAAAAAUUAAUUUUGUAUCAAGUCUUCAAAAGAGGAUACCAACUAAAUAAUAAAAAUUGAUGUUUUCCAUAAGUCAAAAUAUUUUUUUACAAUAAGAAAAGUAGAAGGACCAAUUAAGAAAUAUAGAAAAAUGAAUAUUCUGUUAACUUUAAAGGAAUGCACCUAACAUUAAACUUAAGUGAUACCGGGUGCACAAAUAAUAGAAUUCAGUGGUGCCCAACGCCCUAUUCAAAUUUAAGUGAUAUCUCUGCUCCAAUUCUCAAACUUAAGUGGUAUGCACUAUGCAAUGUAUUUUACCCGACAAAAUUUAGGUGCCCCUGGAACACCUUAUGGAACGAUUUUGACCGCUCCCAAAAAAGCAAUCCCAAUUUUUACGUCUUUUUCAUUCUUCCUUCUCGUAAUCCAGUAUUUACGUUCACGAGGCCAGUCAUAAUAAGAUUCAAGAAACAACUCAUACCUCUUGUUGUGAACCCUCUAUACAAAAUUCUCUUAGCGAAAGACAUUAAAUCUCUCUCAGAAAUUACUUCCACCAUUGUUCCCCAUCUAUAACUAUUGACCUUGGUUAUAUACAGUUAGUUGUUCGAUGACCUUUUUGUUAUUUUGUUCUCUUUCCCUACUCACGUUACUUAUGUUGAUGGGUUGUAUAUAAGGGUUUUUACCUAGGAGUUGUAGAGCGUUGCGGCUACAGAACUACAACGAGAAUAAUAAUCGCUUGAGAUCGUUCUCCGUGGAGUAAGGUCGAUCACCACGAUCGGCAAGAACCACGUAAACGUUGUGUCUUCUUCUUUCCGCAUUAUCGUAUUUUACAUGGUAUCAGAGCCUGGUUGAUUGAUUCCAGCUGAUUCGGAGAAUAUGGGGGACGAAAAUAAGGAUUCCAAAGGCGGGCUCCUGCAUACCGGCGGUAGCAGCUCCGACCAAGAUAUCCUGCUCUCUUCCCCACUUUAUCUUCAUCCGUCUGAAGACCCUGCAUGUCUGUUUGUAGUAGAUCUUCUCUCGGACUCUAAUUACGGAGAAUGGGUAAACGAUAUGAUGGAAACUCUAAUCUCCAAGAACAAAUUAACCUUUGUGAAUGGCUCUCUUCCACGCUCUGCUGCAGGUCCUGGGACUCGAGUGGAUGCCUGGGAUCGUUGUGAUGCCACCGUGAAGGGGUGGUUGAACACGGCCAUGAUCCGAGAAGUCCGAAAUAGCGUGCGAACGACCUCUACUGCUCGCGAUAUUUGGGUUGAUUUACAGCAGCGCUUCGGCGAAGGAUCCUCACAGCGCUCUUAUAAGAUUCAGCGGCAAAUCAGUGCCCUACGUCAGGACAAGCUUAGUGUAUCGGCUUUUUAUACGAAGCUUUGGGGUCUUUGGGACGAGAUGUAUACUAUUAGCAAUACCCCUCGUUGCACAUGUAGUGGAUUCACGUGCGGUGGCUGUCGUUGUGAUUUGGCCAAGCAACUUCGUGACCAGCAAGAGACCACUCACCUUUUUGAGUUUUUUGUUGGGAUUGGAUGAUACCUUUUCCGUGGUACGGUCCCAAAUCCUCAGCAUGAAACCUGUCCCAUCUCUUGCUGAGGCUUAUUCUCUUGUUUCGGCAGAGGAGCAACAUAGGAAAUUACUAGUGGGCGUCGACCAAUUGUGGACACGGCGGCUUUUCAAGCUGAAAAUUAUCUCCGUGACGCUAAUGAUUGUCGUGACUCCUUUGAUAAACCCCGAUGUUCACA